GAAAAUCGAAAAGUAAACAAGUCAAUGUGUUUCAAAGUCUGAGCUGAUUAUGGUAAAGCACAUUAUCUCCUAGCUUUCGUUUUCUGGCAGAGCACCUAGUAUUCUUGGUCGUUUGAUAGUUCGAAGUAAGAAGAAAGGGUCUACUGAAACGCAGGUGCAAGAGAGAGAGGUCUCAAGACUCAACCAUUUAGAAAUUAAGGAAUGACGUCCUCUCCGAGAAUCAAAGUUGAAUUGUACUAUGACGUUGUGUCUCCAUAUACUUGGUUUAGUUUCGAGGUUCUGUGUCGCUAUAGGUCUCAUUGGAAUAUGAAUCUAGUGCUUCGACCAUUUUUCCUUGGAGGGGUUAUGAAGGCAUCUGGAAAUAAGCCACCAAUGACAGUAGCACCAAAAGGUAUGUACAUGCAGAAGGAUCUUCAAAGAAAUGCAGAAUACUUUAAGAUUGAUAUAAAACUUAUAGAGGAUCCAUACAAUGUGCUUGUUCAAAAAGGAUCAUUGAGAGCCAUGAGGUUUCUAACUGCUAUAAAUCUUCAUUGUCCUGAGUAUCUAGAGAGUGUUUCUCGUGAGUUGUGGCGUAGAAUUUGGUCUAAAGGAGAAGAUAUAGUGGCAGACGACAGCCUCAUAAUGGCGGCGAAAGAAGCCAAGAUGGAAGAAAAUGACAUUGAGAAAUGUUUGAGUAAAAUGGAUGAUUCAGAAACAAAAGAUGCCUUAAGAAUGGCUACCGAACAGGCAGUUGAUUACGGGGCUUUUGGUGCACCAACUAUGGUGGUUCAUACUAAAGAAGGCCCAGAAAUGUUUUUCGGAUCGGAUCGCUUCCCACUGGUGGCCCAAAUGAUGAAUGAAGUCUGGAAGGGACCGAUUCCAGAUCAAAAGAGUAAACUGUGAUGCUUGUUUCUUCCAUUAUGGGACUUUCUACUGCAUAAAUAUGAUUGUUGUUAUGAAAUGAUAAUAUACUGGGAAGGGGAUUUUAAGUAACCUUACUAAAAAAAUAAGAAGAGUUAUCUGUAGAUCUACUUAAUGUACAUUAAGAGUUCCAAGGGUUGGUUCACUUUAGACACCAUUAUUUUACAUAGGCUUAACAAACGUGUUAUAUGUAUAUAAAUCUUGUUAAUGAAAUAAACCGCUUAUUUCGCUGGGCAG